AUGAAAUUAUUUCUUUCUUUCGUUAUUUUUUCUUUCUUCCUUUCAUUCUUUCUUUCUUUCUUUUUCCUGUUCUCUUUCUUUCUUUCUUUCUUUCUUUCUUCCUUUCUUUCUUUCUUUAUAAUUUCUUUGAUUUUUCUUUAUUUGUUUUUCAAUGAAUUCAAUGAAAUUCUUUCUUUCUUUCGUUAUUUUUUCUUUCUUCCUUUCAUUCUUUCUUUCUUUCUUUUCCUAUGUGCAAUUUUUUGUUCAUCAGUGUUUGUCCCUUUUCUUUUUUUCUUUUUUAUUAUAUUUCCAAUCUUUCUUUUCUUUUUCGUAUACUUUCUUUCUUCCCUUUUAUAUAUGUUUUUCUUUUUCUUAUGUAUAAUUUCUCUUUUUCCUACAUUUUCAUUCAUUCUUUUCUUUUUCGCAUAUUGCCUUCCUUUCUUUUUCUUUUUCGUAUAUUCUCUUUCUCCGUUUAUUUCCGUAUUUUCUCUCUUUUAUUUUUCUUGGUUUUAUCUUUCUUCAUUUUUUCUUUCUUUUUCUUUUAAUUUAAAUCAUCUCUCUGACAAUCUCUUCCAUCUUUCUUUCGUUCUUUCUUUCUUUCUUCUUUCCUUCUUUCUUUCUUUCUUUUUUAUCGUAUUUUCUUUCAAGAUAUCACUUUUCAUUCUGUCUUUACAUUAUCUUCCUUGUUUUGUCUUUUCCUUUUCUUCCUUUCAUUUUUCUUUACGUCUUAUUCUUUUUUCCUCCCUUUCAUUUUAUAUUCUUUCAUCUAUUAUCUUCUUUUAUCCAUCUUUAUUUACUUCUUUCUUUUCUUUUCCCGUCAAUGUCAUUUCUUUCUUUCUUUCUUUCUUUCUUUCUUUCUUUCUUUCUUUUCCAUUCUUCAAUUUCUUAUUUAUCAGCAUUCAUUUCUUUCUUUCUUUCUUUUUUCUUUCUUUCUUUUCCAUUCUUCAAUUUCUUAUUUAUCAGCCUUCAUUUCUUUCUUUCUUUCUUUCUUUCUUUCUUUCUUUCUUUCCCAUUCUUCAAUUUCUUAUUUAUCAGCCUUCAUUUAUUUCUUUCUUUUUCUUUCUUUCUUUCUUUUUUCUUUCUUUCUUUCUUUCUUCCUUUCUUUCUUUCUUUUCCCUUCUUCAAUUUCUUAUUCAUCAGCCUUCAUUUCUUUCUUUUUCUUUCUUUCUUUCUUUCUUUCUUUCUUUCUUUCUUUCUUUCUUCAAUUUCUUAUUCAUCAGCCUUCAUUUCUUUCUUUCUUUCUUUCUUUCUUUCUUCAAUUUCUUAUUUAUCAGCCUUCAUUUCUUUCUUUCUUUUUUCUUUCUUUCUUUCUUUCUUUCUUUCUUUCUUUCUUUCUUUCUUUUCCUGUCUACAAUUUCUUCCUUCAUCAGCGUUCAUCCCUUUCUUUCUUUCUUUCUUUCUUUCUUUCUUUCUUUCUUCGCAUUUUUUAUUGUAUUUUUCCUUCUUUCCUUUUAUUUUAUUUUCUUUCAUUCAGUUUGUUAUCUAUACUUCUUUCUUUAUUUUUUUCUCUUCCAGUCUUUGUUCCUUCUUUCUUUUUCUGUCUGCAAUUUUCUCUUCAUCAGCGUUCGUCUUUUUCUUUCUUUCUUUCUGUCUUUCUUUUUUCUUUCUUUCUUGUCUGCAAUUUUUCUUCUACUCUGCCCUUUAUCAACGAUACUCUUCUUAACCAUUUAUUUUCCUUAUCUUUUCACUUCGUUUUUACUCCACAUUCUUUCUUUCUUUCUUUCUUUCUUUCUUUCUUUCUUUCUUUCUUUCUUUACUCUUGUAUAUUAUUCAGAGUUUACUCCGCUUCUUUCUUUCUUUCUUUCUUUCUUUCUUUCUUUCUUUCUUUCUUUACUCUUGUAUAUCAUUCAGAGUUUACUCCGCUUCUUUCUUUCUUUCUUUCUUUCUUUCUUUCUUUCUUUCUUUCUUUACACUUGUAUAUCAUUCAGAGUUUACUCCGCUUCUUUCUUUCUUUCUUUCUUUCUUUCUUUCUUUCUUUCUUUCUUUCUUUCUUUCUUUCUUAACCCUUUUCCUUUCUUUUGUCUUCCUUUUAUAUACGCUUUCUCUCUCUCUCUCUUUCUUUCUUUCUUUCUUUCACUUCUCAUUCUUUCUUUUUGUCUGUCACAAUCGCAGAAAACAGAAAGCAAGCUCUUGUCACAACCACACGGACAUUACGAUCAAUUCACAAAAAACGUUUCUGCUGUCAUACCCCUAACUAUCUAUCUAUCUAUCUAUCUAUCUAUCUAUGUUCACAUCUAUCUAUCUAUCUAUCUAUCUAUCUAUCUAUCUAUCUAUCUCAGUCUGUUCAUAUUUAUCUAUUUAUCUCAUUGCAUAAAUACGGCGUCAUCUGAAGAAUCUAUUCUCUCUUUCAAGAUUAGCUAUCUCAUUUUUUCCCGCGCUUUUUCUCCGCCCAGCUAUAUGCGCAACAAAUAUUGCUUUCUAAUUGGUUACUCUCCGAUGACGUUCUACUCCUCAGGCAUGUCGCUUCUCAUUAUUACACGUCGAAACGAUUUUUCAAUCUUGCGCACAACUAACUCUCGUCUGACACGCGAGUCGCUAAAUCUGUUUUUAUUUAUGUAUCCAUUCGUUUCUCCGUUUUCUUAA